CUUUUCGAGUCGAACAAAAAAGCUUAAAGGGUUCUCUUAAACCCUUAAACCUACGCCGCCUCCUCCUCCUCCUUCUCCCAAAACAAUUUUGCUCUCUCUCGCUGUGUCGAAAUUAACACAUAAACCCUACUCUCUAGCCUCUUCUGCAACAGGUUUCGAUGGCUAUUGACGGGAGUUUCAAUCUCAAACUCGCGUUGGAGACGUUUUCUGAACGUUGCCCCAAAGUCGCAGCUUUUCCAUUUUUCAAUUCGAUUCUCAGCAAGGGAGGAGAAGUGGUGGAUAACGAGGAAGUGAUUAAUGUUUUGUCUGAUGUGUUUCUUCACCCGGAGCUUACCAUUCCUUUGGUUCAUUACUUUCUUCCCAUUAUAAGAAGAGUUGUUGAUAGAGUGGUGGGUCUUCUCCACCUAGUGGGUGAUCUCAGCUCAAGUAGUGACUACUCGGACGAUGUGUCAGUCUUGGAAAAUGCGUUGAAGGAAGGUGUUAGUGUCAUUGACUUUUACGUUCGGCGUGGACAAAGGCUGGAGCUUCACGAGUGUGCUUGCUUGGCUUUCAGUCGUGCUCUUCAUCUAAACACGUCCUUGCUAGGGUCUAUUCUAAGUUAUUUUAAGAAAGCUCCACCACCAUACGAGCGGAUUCUUGUGAAAGAAAUCAUUUCUGAGUCGCAGAUGGAGGCUACUACAGCUGCAUACUUGCUUUGUCUUCAAGUAGCCUAUCGUUUUCUGGUUAUUAGACCUGAGGUUUUCUCCAAGCUGUGGGAUUGGUCCUGUUACUUGGAGUCCAUGAAAAAGCUCUCAGACUGCCCGAGCCAGAGAAGAGAUUUUGUGGAAAAGCAUCGAGAGGCUGUGUGGUGUGGGAUACAGAUUCUGUCUGUUGUUUUAAGAUGCACUGACAGAAUGGCAGGAUGUUACGGUUUUGAAGGAGAGGAAGCAUUCUCAUACUUGCUACGCUGGGAAGAAUUUUGUCAGGAUAUAGAAAUAGAAAAGGCUGGAUCAUACAUUCAGUUGCCAACAUACAAGGGGUUGAGGUCUUUUCAAGAUUUUAGUACCCUUGCACCUGGGAUUCACAAGCGACAAUCAGCAGGAGUGGAAGAAAAGGAGCCGUUGAUGAAGAUCCGAAGGCUGGACACCUGGGAUGUCAAAUCUUUCGCUGAACCAUUUGAAAUUCACUCUAGGGUGAAGAAAUCAUUUGAAAUGGUCUCAUUGGCUGUUAGUCAAAAACGACCUGUUCUUCUGUACGGUCCCUCGGGCUCUGGAAAGUCUGCCCUCAUUAGAAGAUUGGCUGAUGAGAGUGGUAACCAGGUUGUGUUUAUCCACAUGGAUGAUCAACUUGACGGGAAAACGUUGGUUGGCACUUAUGUGUGUACUGAUCAACCUGGAGAAUUUAAAUGGCAGCCUGGCUCACUUACCCAGGCUAUUAUGAAUGGUUUCUGGGUGGUUCUUGAGGACAUAGACAAAGCUCCAUCAGAUGUCCCCCUUGUCUUGUCACCUUUGCUGGGAGGCUCAUGCUCAUUUGUGACCAGCCAUGGAGAGGUGAUACAGAUAGCAGAGAGUUUCCAACUGUUUUCAACCAUAUCCACACCCGAAUGCAGUGUAUCACACAUCAGGGAAGCUGGAAAUUCUCUAAGUCCUCUUUGGAGGAGAAUUGUUGUUUAUCCACCAGAUCGUGAAAGCUUGCAAAAUAUUGUGGGUGCUCGGUAUCAGAACCUGAUGCCUAUUGCAGAUAAACUUAUUGAAACUUAUGAAAAAGUCAACUCUGCUCUUCGUCCCCAGUUUUCUAGUUCGACAACUGAAAACUCAGCUACAUUCAGUUCUCCAAGUAGAUUUUCACUAAGAGAUUUGCUCAAGUUGUGUGAACGCGUUCAGGGUCUGCCCUCGUAUGAUGGUCAUGCAAUUUCUCAGGAGGCAGCAGAUAUAUUCUCUGCUUCUUAUAUGUCAACUCAAAAUCGAGUGACAGUAAGUGAAAUCGUGGCUAGCGUUUGGAAUGUUCCUGUUCCAGGAUCUCAUCAUAAGCCCCCAAUUCAGGAACUUUCUAAAACACUUAAAAUUGGCAGAGUUUCUCUACCACUUGGCGAAACUGCGUCACAUGACCGGUCGAGGUUUGUUGAAACACGCACAUCCACACGGUUACUUGAGAAAAUAGCCCGAUCUGUUGAGUACAACGAGCCAGUUCUCUUAGUAGGAGAAACAGGGACAGGGAAAACUACUCUAGUUCAAAAUCUUGCACAGUGGAUCGGACAGAAACUCACAGUUUUGAACUUGAGCCAGCAAAGUGAUAUAGUUGAUCUAUUGGGAGGUUUUAAGCCUAUUGAUGCAAAGCUUAUGUGCAAAAUGUUGUACAAUGAAUUCAUUGAAUUGGGAAGAAAUUCACAGAUGAAGGAUAAUUCAGACGUUAUGACGUGGCUACGAAAAAACUUUAGAGCUAAGAAGUGGGAAACAUUUUUGCGAGGGUUAAAGAAAACUAUUGACCAUCACGUUAAAAAUGGGGAAGAAAGGUCUAGGUCUGGUAGGAAGAGGAAGAAACCGGAAGUGAUUGAGAAUUGGACUCGUCUGUCCAAAAAGGUGGAGAAGAUUCAUCAACAGAUUUGUUCAGGUGGAAUGGUUUUUAAAUUUGUCGAAGGUGCAUUUGUGACUGCCCUCAGGGAGGGGUAUUGGGUUUUACUAGAUGAAGUAAACUUAGCACCACCGGAGAUAUUGGGCAGGCUUACUGGUGUUCUUGAAGGAGUGAGAGGAUCACUUUGUUUAGCUGAGAGAGGGGAUGUAAUGGGCAUUCCUAGACAUUCGAAUUUCCGUUUGUUUGCCUGUAUGAAUCCAGCCACGGAUGCUGGUAAGCGAGACUUGCCGUUCUCCUUCCGUAGCAGAUUUACAGAGUAUGCUGUGGAUGAUGACUUGUGUGACGAUGACCUGGAGAUAUUUGUGAGGCGAUUCUUAGGUGGACGUGAAUCUGACAGUAAGUUAGUGGGCAACAUUGUUUGCUUUUACAAAGAAGCUAGAAGGUUAUCUGAAGAAUGCUUGCAGGACGGUGCUAAUCAGAAGCCACAGUAUAGCUUAAGGUCUCUUUACCGAGCGCUAGAGUAUGCGAUUAAAGCAGAAGGUAUUGGCGGAUUUCAGAAAGCAUUAUAUGAUGGAUUUUCCAUGUUUUUCCUCUCCUUAUUAGAUUCUUCCAGUGCGAAGAUCAUGAAACCACUCAUAGAACUUAUCUCAAAGGAAAGUAGCCGAGCCCAACCACUUCAAAGAUACUUGGGAGAAUUAAAGGGCAGUUCUGAUGAAUCUGUCAAGAAAUAUGUUAAGACGAAGAGCGUGAUUGAACACCUUCAUCAUCUGGCUCAUGCCAUUUUUGUCAAAAGAUAUCCUGUUCUCUUACAAGGACCAACAUCCAGUGGAAAAACAAGCCUUGUCAAAUAUCUUGCAGCGUUAAGUGGAAACAUAUUUGUUCGAAUCAAUAAUCACGAGCAGACUGAUAUCCAAGAAUAUUUGGGUUCCUAUAUGACUGAUUCUUCAGGGAAGCUUGUAUUUCAUGAAGGAGCGCUGGUGAAGGCAGUCAGGGAUGGUCAUUGGAUUGUCUUAGAUGAACUAAAUUUGGCCCCAUCUGACGUCUUAGAGGCACUAAACAGACUGCUUGAUGACAAUAGGGAGCUUUUUGUACCUGAGUUGGGUGAAACAAUCUCAGCGCAUCCUAACUUCAUGCUCUUCGCUACACAGAACCCUCCUGCUUCAUAUGGUGGACGCAAAAUACUGUCUCGAGCUUUUCGUAACCGUUUUGUGGAGAUUCAUGUUGAUGAGAUUCCAGAAGAUGAACUGAGCGAAAUUCUUUUUGAGAAGUGUGAGAUUGCAAAGAGUCACGCUACGAAGAUUGUUGAAGUGAUGAAAGACUUGCAGCGCAACAGGCAGAGUAGCAAAGCUUUUGCUGGAAAACAUGGAUAUAUAACUCCAAGAGAUCUAUUCCGGUGGGCAGAUCGUUUUAGGACUUAUGGAGGUAAAUCAAAUGAAGAACUCGCCAGAGAAGGGUAUUACCUCCUUGCAGAAAGGCUGCGUGAUGAUAGUGAGAAGCUAGUUGUUCAAGAGGUGCUGGAAAGACAUUUCCGGGUCAGUCUUGCAAAAGAUGAUGUGUACAAAGAGGAGCUUCUAAAGCUGGAACAGCCAUUUUCCAUGAAAAACGAAACAGUUAGCUGGACUCGAAGUAUGUGGAGACUAUUUUUUCUCAUCGAACGUUCUUAUAAACUGCGUGAGCCUGUUCUUCUUGUUGGUGAAACUGGCGGAGGCAAAACAACAAUCUGCCAACUACUAAGCGAGUAUAAGAAGCUAAGGUUGCACAUCCUUAACUGUCAUCAAUACACAGAAACAUCUGAUUUCCUUGGGGGGUUCUUUCCUGUAAGAGACAGAUCCAAAUUAGUUAAGGAAUACGAGAAUCAAGUCGAGCACUUGAAGCUAUCUGAGGCAUUGGUACCUUUUAGUCAAGAUAUUGACUUUUCUGCAGAUAUUGGUAGAGCUGAAGUGUUGAUCAAAUCAAUAGAUGCAAUUCUGAAAAAGUACAAAAAUGACUCCGUACUAGGAAUGGAGGUCACACCACUGAAUAUUGAGGUUCUUCAGAACAUGAGGGACACUAUGGUGAUGCUGUAUCAGAAGUGGCGUGCAAUUUUUGUGUGGCAAGAUGGUCCCCUUGUGGAAGCAAUGAGAGCUGGAAAUAUCUUUCUUGUGGAUGAGAUAUCGUUGGCUGAUGAUAGUGUUCUAGAAAGACUGAACAGUGUGUUGGAGCCAGGCAGGAAAUUGUCGUUAGCUGAGAAAGGUGGUCCUGUCUUGGAGGAAGUUGUAGCUGAUGAGAAAUUUUUUGUUCUUGCUACCAUGAAUCCGGGUGGUGAUUAUGGAAAGAAGGAAUUGUCACCUGCACUUCGUAACCGUUUUACUGAGAUAUGGGUCCCUCCUAUUUCAGAGACUGAGGAGCUCAGAAGUAUUGCUUCUUCUGUCCUUAGCAACUCAAAGGAAUCUAAUAUCGUAGAUCCCAUUAUCCACUUCUGGGAAUGGUUUAACCAGUUGCAGACUGGAAGAACGCUUACUGUCAGAGAUCUCCUCUCUUGGGUUGCGUUUGUCAAUGUGAUACAUGAGAGUGUAGGACCAGCAUAUGCUAUUCUUCAUGGAGCUUUUCUCGUGUUACUUGAUGGUUUAAGUCUUGGAACUGGUCUGUCUGGGAGAGAUGGUAAAGAUCUGAGGGAAAAAUGCUUCGCUUUCCUCUUACAACAACUCAAGGUUCUCACUAGCGACACACUCCCUCUGGAUAUUUCAAGAAUGGAGCAAUAUGGCUGGGGUGAUGCCAAAGCAAUUUGUCAAGAAAGCAAGAGUGUUCUGCGCGGAGACAUGUUUGGCAUCGAUCCUUUUUACAUAAGUAAAGGUGAUGAAACUCCUGAAACUGGUGGAUUCGAGUUCUUAGCACCAACCACCUGCAGGAAUGUGUUGAGAGUAUUGCGUGCAAUGCAGCUUUCAAAACCAAUAUUAUUGGAAGGUAGCCCUGGUGUUGGAAAAACAAGUCUAAUAAUGGCGUUGGGUAGAUAUUCUGGCCAUAAGGUUGUGCGCAUAAAUCUUUCAGAGCAGACUGACAUGAUGGAUUUGCUGGGAUCAGAUUUACCUGUUGAAAGCGAUGAGGACAUGAAGUUUGCUUGGUCUGAUGGAAUUCUCUUGCAGGCUCUAAAGGAAGGUUCCUGGGUUUUGUUAGAUGAACUAAAUCUUGCCCCACAAUCCGUUCUAGAAGGUUUGAAUGCCAUUUUGGAUCAUCGUGCUCAAGUCUUCAUCCCAGAACUAGGCUGUACCUUUGAAUGCCCCCCGACGUUUAGAGUUUUUGCAUGUCAGAAUCCUUCUUCUCAAGGUGGUGGUAGGAAAGGUCUUCCCAAGUCUUUCCUUAACCGAUUCACAAAAGUGUAUGUGGACGAGUUAGUUGAAGAUGAUUACCUCUUCAUAUGUCGCUCGCUUUACCCUUCUAUUCCCAGUCCAUUGCUUUCAAAGCUUAUUACUCUCAAUAGACAGCUACAUGAUGGUACUAUGGUAGAUAGAAAAUUCGGUCACGAUGGCUCACCAUGGGAGUUCAAUCUACGUGAUGUGAUCAGAUCAUGUCAAUUUGUGCAAGGGGGAAAAUAUGACUUAGAAGUUGAAAGCUUUCUCAAUGUUCUGUAUGUUCAAAGAAUGCGUACCGCGACUGACCGGAAAGUAGUUCUGAGUAUCUAUAAGGCUAUUUUUGAUAAAACCCCUUCUAUAAAUCCGUAUCCUCGAGUUCAGCUAAAUCCUGGAUACUUAGUUGUGGGAACUGCUGCUGUUAAACGAAAUUUCACUCAGUCUAAUAUUUCCAGUGAGCAGUUGAAGAUUUUGCCUGAAAUCCGUCAGAAUCUGGAAGCCGUUGCACAUUGCGUGCAGAAUAAAUGGCUGUGCAUCCUAGUUGGACCAUCGUCCUCUGGAAAGACUUCAGUGAUCAGAAUAUUAGCUCAGUUAACAGGAUUUCCGCUUAAUGAAUUAAAUCUUUCAUCUGCGACUGACAGCUCUGAUCUUCUCGGUUGUUUUGAGCAGUACAAUGCAUUCCGUAAUUUCAGAUUGGUGGUCGCUCGAGUUCAGCAUCUUGUUGACGAGUAUAGCAGUUUGUUGUCACAGUCUUCCCAGGUGACCCUUUUGAGCAAGAGCAAAAGCCUAGUGUCCAGCUGGCUUUCCUUUUUAUACAAGAUUGAUUCAUGCCUCUUGGAAAACCCUUCAUCCUUCUUGAACGACGCUGACUCGCUCUCCAAACUAACUGAGAUCGUAGAAUAUAUGAGUAAGGUCUUGGGGGAAGGUUUUUUGCCCGUUAGUUGGUCAAGAAAGUGUCUGGACCAAAUCACGAAGACAAUAGUGAAGCUGCAAUCUGAAGAGAAAAAACAAUCAACGAAAUUUGAAUGGGUGACUGGAAUGCUGAUAAAGGCAAUAGAAAAUGGAGAGUGGGUUGUUCUUGAAAAUGCAAAUCUCUGUAAUCCCACGGUACUUGAUAGGAUCAACUCUUUGGUGGAACCUUGUGGAUCAAUCACUAUAAAUGAAUGUGGGGUUAUAGAUGGCGAACCUGUUACUGUUACUCCACACCCUAACUUUCGUUUGUUUCUGUCCGUUAAUCCCAAGUUUGGGGAGGUGUCAAGAGCAAUGCGGAAUAGAGGCGUUGAGGUAUUUAUGAUGGCGCCACACUGGCAGCUCAAUGAGGAAGCCUCUAACAGUGAUGAACUUGUGCUGAGAGGUGUGAAAAGGUUUCUUGCUCUAUCAGGUAUUCCGGGUGAUAAGCUGGUUGCGUCCAUGGCCAAAGCGCAUGUUCAUGCAUGGCGCAAUGGUCAAACCAUUGGUGUACGGAUAACGUAUCUUGAGCUUGAACAGUGGGUUCACCUCUUCCAACUGCUGCUCAUGAAUGGUAACCAACUCCUGUGGAGCUUACAGCUAAGUUGGGAGCACAUCUAUCUCUCUUCCCUUGGAGUAACUGAUGGAAAAGAUGUUGUUGAUCUUGGGCGUGAUACGUAUUUGUCAGAUACUGAAUCAUUUAUGGGUGGGAAUAUGUGCCUGUCUGGGGGAUGGCCAAAGCCUUUCAAUUUGAGAGACUUGAUGUGGUACUCAAGAGAAACAACUGUCAGGCAGAAUUGCAUGUAUCUGGAGUUUCUAGGAGCUCAAUACGCAUCACAUCAGACUGAAAUAACCUACAAUGUCAAGCUGAGAGAUAGGGAUUUGGCUGCUGGGGAACGGAGAAUAAUUUAUACUGCCGAUUCUUGGACGCUAAAUAAAAUCUUGUUUCCUAAAGCCUUAAUUGGGUCAACCCCUGCCGCAGAUACAGGAAAAAUUGACCAUGAUUCGGCUUCAAAGAAGCUAUUGUAUGCUGCCAACUGGACAAUGGAACAGGCAACCGAAGAGGACAUUCAACUCUAUCUGGUGUGGAUUAGUUGGUUUGGUUCCAGGCUGCAACAAUACUGCCCCUUUUUCCUGUGUUUUCUCAAUAUGUUGAAAGAUGAGUUGCAGCAUCCAAUCUGGAGUCAUAUAUCCAGAUGUCGAAAAAACCUGAAAUCCCUCUGCAUAGUGGAUCCAGAUGCUGUUCCAAUCCCGAUGAUGUCCUCCAAGUUGAUUGACAUAGCAGCAGCGGAUGAACAGUCAAAGCCCCUUAGUAAAACCCUCUUUGAGUCUCUUAGCUCUGUUGGCGUUCUUCGGCUUUCCUCUCAGCAGUGGGUUGCAGAAAAUAACUACAACCACACCGAUGUAUCCUCUUUUAUUCGCUUUUUGGAUUCCCUUCGCGUUUUGGAGAAGAAAAUUCUUUGCGAAAUUGUUGGAUCACCUUCUUUCUCUGUGUUGAUUCAGUUGUACACUGAAGUUAUUGAAAAACAUUCAUUCUUCUGGUCUGAUCUACUCUCGUCUUCAGAUGAGUGUAAACUGUUUUCCUUCUGGUCACUAAUAAAGGCUGUCAAAAAGUUGGAGAGUUCUUUUCCAGAAGAAGUUCAUGUGGUUUUGGAGGAAAGCAAAAAUAUUAACAAUAUAGCUUUGCAUGGUGAGCCAGAGAAGUCUUUACUAUGGGCGUAUGGUGGCCAUCCUUCCUUGCCGGUUUCUGCUGAGUUGUACCUUAAGCAGCAGAAGUUUCUACAGCUCUGCAGCACGAUUUGGCCAUUAAAAUCAGAAUCAGAUGGGCAAGGAAAUGAUCAUCUUACCAAAGCCAUUGCAUUUUCUGGCCCUGAGUUAUGUUUGCUUGCCUUGGAAGGUCUUUGCAUUUCAUCUUACAUUGCCGACAAGGAUGAUGCAGCUGCUGUUCAGCUGGAUGAGAUUAACCAGAUGUUUUUGGAGAGGAUGGAACUAGAGAAGAAGAGACUGCAGGAUAGAAUGGUUUUCAGUGAGAAUGAUAAUAUUGAAAAUAGAUCUGCGGCAUGCUGUAUUUUCCGUCCAGAGAUUGUGGCUACAGGGUUUGGCUUUAGCAGUUGGAUGGAGAUAAGUUCUAUUGCUAGAAGUGAAAGUAGUUCGUUAGAUGUAGAGUUACUUGCUGUACUUCAGCACCUCUUGGUGUCACGAUCUACUGAACAUAAGGAUCUUUUGGAUGUUCGUAAUCUGCUUAAACCUGCUCUAGAGUAUUCCUUAUCCUCAACAAGACCUCCACAGACUCUUGUAGCUCAUCAAAAACUACUGUGGGCAAUUGAUGCCCGUGCCUCUGUCCUCCGAGUGGACACCAAAAUUGCUGGUUUUGUUCUCGAAAUGUGGUACUGGUGGCAUUCUGUUUUGUGGAAAAAUUGUCAAAUUGGUCUCAUGGGCCUACAGAGUAUCUCAGAGAUCGGUAACUGUCGGGUUAUGUCGCCUUCUAUGCUGAUUCAUCCUGUGAAAGCAGCUACCAUUGAUCAUAUUCUGGAUACUGCUUUUGCUGUUAAGGACUACCCUGUUCAAUCGAUGAAAUUUCUUUCUGCUUCACGAGUUCUAUGGAAAAGCGCACAAUCCUAUCAAGAGAUGCCUGGUUCUUUACUGUCACUAGCGCGUUCCCUUUUCCAACAGAUGGUGUAUACGCACCAAAAGUCAUAUGAGCCUGAAGUGUUUGCCGAUAUCAAGUCUGCAUUUCAUGCGGUUGAGAAGAAACAGACCGAGAUUGAUGGCAUUAAGUCUCUCAUUUCACUAAUCAGCUUAUCAAGCCAUCAGAAAAUGAAAUCUGUUACUCGCUCGUUUGUCGAACCAUUGGCGAAACAUCUUUAUUUGGAGUGCUCAUCAAAUGAUUUCUACUCCAAUCUUGGUCUGGCAUGGAUUUAUCUUGGAGGACUGCGCUUCAAUCUUUUGAAUAGCUUGAAUGUUAUAGAUCCAGCCAUGAAGAUCACUUGUAAGCUGGCAGAACUACAAGAAAAAAUUUCAUCGCUGAAGCUAAACAUAGAGGUGCGGGAAGAAUGUGAGUAUCUAUCUGGAUUGCUAUACACUGGUGACAGUGACGAAAGAACUGAAUGUAGAUUAUCUAAGCUUAAAACUGAGCGUAAAAAGUUGCGAAGAAAGGUUAUUUUUCGCUCUGAUCCUAAUAAGUACCAGAAUUUAAGAAGAGCGCUGGAUGAGUUUGCGGGAUUUCUCACACGUCCAAUAAGUCUGGUUAAGGAUAUUGACAAGCUUGACUGGAACCAGGUUGUUGAGCAAGUUUUCAACUGGCAGGAGACGGCAACAUCGUUUAUUGAUCGGUUGUCCAGUGACUAUUCCGAAUAUGUUGAUAUAACUCAGCCAAUACAAGUUUCGGUAUACGAGAUGAAAUUGGGUUUAUCACUCUUUGUCUCUGGUACUCUCUUGGGAAAAAUUCUCAACAGAUUUGACGGAGACACGGUUGACUCAGUCAUGGAAUCAAUCUAUGCCUUAAUGAGAUUUCCAAGGGGCUCCUCCUUGGCUUCAGCUACCUACAUUGAGAGCUUGCCACCGCUGCACCUUUCUCAUGAUGCAGAUUCUCGUGUUAAGUCCUUAGGUUUGGAUGUUGGCUUGCUGCACAAACUGAUCUCUGUUUCAAGUGCACACGAUACGAGAAAAGUCUCCGAGUUGCAAUUCAAAACUACUCUAUAUAAAAAUAUGCAUGCUCGUGUUUCGCACUUUGUUGCAAACACUGGGCUUAUGGAUAAAGCUUCUUUUGAGAUAUUGGAUAGCAUAUAUUUUGAAUUGGCGAGAAAUUGGAUGGAGAUGAAGUUUCAAGUGAGAACAAAGGCUGACGCUCUUUCUGGGCUGUACAAAUUUCGUUCCCGUGACUUCAAAAUUGAGAGUGUCAUGAAAGUAGAUAUAUCUGCCCUUGGCAAGUACUUCCCAGAAGAUAGUUUUUGGCAGGAGUAUCUGGCUGAUGAUGAUAUGAAUCUUAUGACGCAAACUGACCAGGGUGACGAGAAUUUGGAGGAUGAUUGGGACUUGAUACAGGAGCAUGUAGAUAAUAUAUAUAGCACACAUAAUGAGUUAUUUGGUUUCUCUGACCUCUCUGAAAAGACUGGAAGAUGUAUUACUGAUAGUCAAAGGCUGGAUUCAUUCACUGAUUCCUAUGAACUGGGAGUCAAUAUGAUCAAAGGGCUGAAGGGUCUAUUUACAUCAAACUUGGAUGCAAAACUUGUUCCAGAACACCUGCUUCGUCUUUGCAUGGAAUACAAAAAGACCUUCACUUCAAACGAUAUGUCUUCCAGUAAAUACAACUUCUACAAGGACUUUGAUGGUCCUGAGCUGGGGAAAAUGGUCAAGUUUCUCACUCCUCUUCAAUUGAGAAUUUAUUCUCUAUUGCAAGAACAAGAGGAACAUCCUGGUCUUCAGAAACUUUCUGAUAUCCUUCGAAUGCUCAUGGAUAUUCCUUCAAGGACUCCGCUGGCAAAGGCUCUUCCAGGAUUGCAAUUUCUGAUUUGCAAGGUCCAGAAGUUACAGGAAGAGGGAUGUAAACUGCCCAUCUCUGAUCUUUUGGAGCCAAUUAUUUCCCUCGCAAGCUCUUGGCAGAAGUUAGAAUUUGAGUGCUGGCCUACAUUGCUUGAUGAGGUUCAGGAUCAGUUUGAACUAAGCGCAAGGAAGUUGUGGCUUCCUUUGUUUUCAGUUCUCUUCCAGAAGGAUUGUGUGGAAUUUUCAGAACAUGGAAAUGAGUCUAUUUCACAAAGUUUGGUGGAGUUCAUUGAAACGUCAAAUAUUGGUGAAUUUAGGAGACGUCUUGAGCUUCUCCUUUGCUUCCUUCUUCAUUUAAGUAUGGGUAGCUCGUUGGGAAUAUAUUCAAGUGAUUCACACAAGAGGAAGGUUGAAAUUUGCUACAAUAUUUUUGGAUUCUAUAUUCAGUUUCUACCAGUUGUUAUGGAGCAGUUAGAUUUGAAUAGAAAAAAUGUUGAAGCUCAGUUAAAGGACCAUCUAAAACUUUGUCGGUGGGAGAGGCCAGAUAAUCAUCUGCUCAAUCAUACCAUUAAAAACACCAGGCAGAAGGUCAAGAAGCUGAUACAGGAUUUUACUAACACACUGCAGCGCCCUGUAAUGCUUGACAGGCCAAACCUAGCAAAGGAAAGAGUGCAAUUUCUCCCUCUACUUGGUCCAGAUCUAAUAAAUGGUGCCUCGAACAUGAGGAUCGAGGUUCUAGUCAGUAAUUUAGAUGCAGAACAAUUGAAUGACAGGUUUUCCUGGUAUGCUGUUUGGAGAAAUAAGUUAAAGGAGUCGGUAGGACGCUUCCACCAAGAAAUGCAUUUUAAAGAAUUGCUGACGGGUGAAGAUCAUCAGUACCCUUCCCCUGUCUAUCAGGGUGAUUGGAAAAUUUUGUGGAGUACAGUUUCUAAGAUUGGUGAGAAGAUAGCUAGAAGGCUAGUCCUAAUAUCAACGGUUAUAUCAGGCACGGUGAACUUCUGGAUAUCUACUUUCAUGCUUCCUAAAGGCUUUAAAGGAGCUAAAGUAGCAUGGGAUCAGGUCUGCUUACCCAAAGCAGAAGGGGGUCUCGGUCUCCGUAAAUUCCACUAUUGGAAUAUUACCCUAUGUCUCAGAUUCAUCUGGCUAUUGUUCUCUGGAAAAGCUUCUCUAUGGGUAGAAUGGCAUCAACAUCACUAUCUUCGCCAAAAAUGCUUCUGGUCUAUCAAGAUGUCGAACAGUGAUUCAUGGACAUGGAAAAAACUCCUAUAUCUCCGACCAAUUGCUUCUCAGUUCAUUAAAGGGGUCCUGGGAAAUGGCUCAACCCUCAGUUUCUGGUCAGAUUCGUGGUCGCCGAUGGGUCCCUUGAUUCAGAUAUUCGGGGAGAAUGGACCUCGUGAGACGGGUAUACCUCUGCUAGCAAAGGUGGCGGGCGCUGUCUCAGGCACGCGCUGGUCACUUAGAACACCGAGAUCCGAAAAUGCAGUUGACCUCCACGUAAUGCUGACGACCAUCGAACCGCCGGAAUGA